AAUCAGCCACACCCUCUUUGACAAGUAGGGUGGGUGGGGCUCGUUUGCGGUUAUUCUAGUGCAAAAUAUGUUUUUGUGGUCUGUAUUGGAAUGCUAGAUUUUCAUAGUUAUUGCUAGUCUGGGGGCCAACUAAUAGGUCGGGGGCAAAAUCAGAGAAAAGGUCCCCCAGACUAGAAAAGAAGCAAGAAGAGCAACCUUGAGCUGUUGAGUUAGUAUUGUCUGCAGCAGGCCGGCCAUGUAGGUACAAGCUGAACGCGAUUUUAGAAAGCACUAGAUCUAGACAGUUUUGUGAGAUUGCAAAAUGAGAGAUUACGUUGUCCCAGUGUCUAUGUGCACCAUGUCCAUGCUGCUGCUGCUGCUGCUAUGGGCUCCUUCCGCCAACAGAGCUCAGAAUUCCUCUACUCCAAUCUGCUACUGUGAUGAUGUGGCAACACCGUGCACUAACAAUACUUGCUCCACUAAUGCAAAUCGGUGUCUAGUGAACUUUAACCUUGAUACUGGCAUCACCCGUCGAGUCUACAUUCUUCUCGGCCUGACUUGUUUCUUUAAUUCCAGGCAUCGUGGUCAGUGCUGUGACAGUACAGGGUGUAACAAGUGCCUCAUGCCCCCUAAUCUGACAUACGAGCAGUGUCUCCAAGUCACCUUCCCCUCAGACUGCCCCCCAGCAAACUGUUCACACUUGAUUGAACCGGGCCGUGUUGAACCCCCUACAAGCAAUGGUACAGAGGCAACAGAUCAAACUCUAUUUUUGUGGGGUAUCUGCAUAAUUGUUAUCGUUGUCGCUAUCGUGCUGUUGCUCGUAAUCCCGACUAUUGUUUGUUACUUCUACGUUUUUCGUCGAAGUUCACCUAACAACAAGUGUGAAACGAACUUGCAGAUUAAAAGUGUGUCAUUUGUUUCCGAGAGUGGCAACAGCUGUGUGUCCAGUGGGGGGCGGUCAGAAGGAGUUUUGCGGAUAUUGGAACCAAAAACUAUCGCCAAAGAAAUCAAAUUGAUUGAGCUAAUUGCUUCUGGUGGUUUCGGUACGCUCUGGAAGGGCACACGUAUUGGUGCCACUGUGGCUGUCAAGAUUUACAAAAGUAUCGAUGAUCAUGAUCAGAGCUUUGAGAGGGAACGCUGUAUCUACACAAGAUCAUUUCUAAAUCACGAAAGUAUAGCCAUUUAUUACGGGGCCGAUUUGCACACUCCUCCUCUUUUUCCGACCGAAUUUUGGCUCAUUAUGCGGUACUAUGAGCACGGUAGUCUAGCCGACCACCUCAUACACAACACACUUCCACAGAAGAAAGUGUUUCGUAUCCUUUGCAGUAUUGCCGAUGCACUGGAAUAUCUUCAUCAUCCCUUCAAAUCUUUCUUUGGAAGGAAUCAUGAAGGGAUUGCCCACAGAGACAUCAAACCAAGUAAUAUCCUGCUCAAGGAUGAAUUUGGAAGCUGCGUUGUGGCUGAUUUUGGUUUAUCACUUGGUGCAGAAGAUCUUCUUCCUGGGAGUGCCCCUGUAAAAGUGCAAGUGGGCACUAAGCGAUACAUGUCUCCCGAGGUGUUGAAUAACUCUGUUGUGACGACAGAAAUUCAAUCAUUCUGUGUGACGGAUAUUUAUUGCUACGGGCUUGUGAUGUGGGAGGUUCUUCGGAGGUCAGAGGGUGAAGGUGAACCUAGUGAGUAUGCAGUGCCGUACCACAACCUCCUUCCGCCUGACCCCACUAUAGAGCUGGUGAGGGAGGUGGUUGUAGAGCAAAGAGUGAGACCACAGCUGGAGGAAAGAUGGAACGUCCACUAUCAGAAUAUUGUCCUGCUAAUGCAGGAAUGUUGGUCGGCCUCACCGGAUGGUCGACCCACAGUGGCAAGAAUUAGACUAAAACUGGCAGAGAAUUUGAUAUCGUAACUAUCGGCAUUAGUGGCUUUUUGCCUGGGGCAGGUCAUGAUGUUCAUAAUUAUAUUGCUGUUCACUUGUGUUUGUUACCUUAUAUUUAUUAUUUGAAC